GUUUGCCAGCAGCAAGGAUGGCGGCCCUAGGGGUGUUUGGGGAGGGAGAGUAGGGUUGCCCUGCGGCAAAGGAAGGCCUCCAGGAACCGUAUCAAGUCCUGGAGCCGAAAGGAGGGCGGGAUCUGUGGGAGGCAAUUAGGAAGAAAACCUCUUGGAAAUUAGUGUUGGCAAGGGGUGACAUUGCCACUGAGUUAAGAUUAUACGAUCCAUUAUUAGAUAAUCAAAAUACCUGAAAGAUGUGGGAACCUAAGGAAAAGAUCUGGAUACUGGACUGAGCUGAAUUCUUCUUUACAUUAGUCAGGAUGAGAUGACUGCAAAUUUGGGUCUGACCACAACAAAGGCCCUGACUGUGCUGAGAGACCAGCUUUUGACAUUACUAGAAGGGCAUCAGAAGGAAAGGAAGAAGGUUAUUUCAUGGAAGGACGUGUGGAAGACCAGUUUUUUGUACCACGGCAACCGUUGUUCCUGUUUCCAUUGGCCAGGGGCAUCAUUAAUGCUGUUGACAGUAUUGCUACUAUUAUGCUGUUAUGGGAGCCAGCCACAAGGAAGCGAAGGUUCUGAAAUUGUAAAUGCCUUGGCAUUGUUCCUUUUGGUCCUGCUGGAUAUCUUAUUGAUUGGACGGCAAGAGGGCUUGAAGAGUCGGGAAGUUGAGAGGCGGCUCCGGAACAUUAUCAACAAAAUAAAUGAUGUCUUACAAGAUGGCAAAGAGCAGAUCUGGGUAAAUGCCAUGUACCCUGACCUUCACAUGCCUUUUGCCCCAUCGUGGUCCCUCCAUUGGGUCUACAGGGAUGGUCAUCUUGUCAAUCUCCCAGUUAGCCUCUUAGUAGAGGGCGAUGUUGUUGCUCUGAGGCCAGGGCAGGAAUCCUUCACUUCUCUCAGAGGGAUUAAGGAUGAUGAGCACAUUGUCCUGGAGUCAGGGGAUCUGUUUCCUCCCUUUUCUCCUCCCCCUUCACCCAGUGGAGAGAUGAAGAAGGGACCCCAGAAUCCACAGCUAUAUCGACUGUUUCGUGUCACAAAAACGCCAGUGAUUGACAAUGUCAGGUUAUGUUUGGAAAUGGCCUUGUCACGGCCUGUGACAGCUCUAGAUAAUGAAAGGUUCACAGUACAGUCAGUGAUGCUCAAGUUUGCUGUCCCUGUUGUCCUGAUUGGCUUUCUCAUUACCAAUGCCAUGCGCUUUGUUUUCAUGGCUCCUGGAGUAAUCCCUUGGCAGUACACCUUUUUUCAGUUGCAGGUCAAUGGUGUAUUGCCCAUCCUCCCACUGCUGUUUCCUGUCCUGUGGAUUCUCGCUACUGCCUUUGGUGAAGCCAGAGUUCUGGCACAGAUGAGCAAGGCCUCACCCACUUCCCUGCUGGCUAAGUUUUCAGAGGACACACUCAGCAGCUACACAGAGAUGGUAUCUUCCCAGGAAAUGAUCCGAUGUAUCUGGAGCCACUUCUUACGUGUUCUGAAGGGAAAGUCUCCAACACUUACCUUUACCUCUAGCUUACUUCACAGCCUGGGAUCUGUCACAGUGCUUUGCUGUGUGGAUAAGCAAGGAAUUCUGUCCUGGCCUAAUCCCAGUCCAGAGACGGUUUUGUUCUUUAGUGGCAAGGUGGAACCGCCUCAUAGCAGCCAUGAAGACCUGACGGAUGAACUCUCCACACGUUCCUUCUGCCACCCAGAAAUGGAUGAAGAGCCCCAUGAAAGGGAUGCUCUUCUGUCUGGGCCUUUGUCAGAUGUAGUUCACAUCACCAACGAGCAAGACAUGGCUGAGUGGUCCACCAGCAACACCCCCAAAUCUUCUGAUACUCACAUUCACAAGAAACCAAGUGGCCGCAGUAAGCACCACUCAGGAUCCAAUGUCAGCUUCAGCAAGGACAUUGAGGGAGGAGAAGAGGAGCCAGUGAAGGCUGAGGGUGACUGCGAAGGACUGGCUUGUGAAGCUGAAGACUUUGUGUGCGAUUAUCACUUGGAGAUGCUGAGUUUGUCACAGGACCAGCAGAAUCCUUCCUGCAUCCAGUUUGACGAUUCCAACUGGCAGAUGCAUCUAACCUCCUUGAAGCCCCUGGGCUUGAAUGUGUUGCUCAAUCUGUGCAAUGCCAGUGUGACAGAGCGAUUGUGCCGCUUCUCUGACCAUCUCUGCAACAUCGCCCUGCAGGAGACACACAAUGCUGUGUUGCCGGUACAUGUGCCAUGGGGACUUUGUGAGCUUGCCAGGCUUAUAGGUUUUACACCUGGUGCCAAAGAGCUUUUCAAGCAGGAGAACUAUCUGGCCCUUUACCGUCUGCCAUCAGAUGAGAUGGUGAAAGAAGUGAUGGUUGGAAAACUCUCCUUCAUCACCAAGAGAAGACCACCUUUGAGCCACAUGAUCAGCCUUUUUGUUAAAGACACCACUACCAGCACUGAGCAGAUGCUUUCUCAUGGGACUGCGGACAUCAUCCUUGAGGCCUGCACAGACUUCUGGGAUGGCUCUGAUAUUUAUCCUCUGUCUGGGUCUGACAGGAAGAAAGUGUUGGAUUUCUAUCAACGUGCCUGUCUUUCGGGGUAUUGCUCUGCCUUCUCUUACAAGCCCAUGCACUGUGCCUUAUCCUCCCAGCUCAAUGGCAAGUGCAUAGAACUGGUGCAAGUCCCUGGACAGAAUGCCAUCUUCACCUCCUGUGAUCUCCCUGGGACUACACCCAUCAAGCUGAAUAGCCGGCGGAACAGCUGGAGCUCAGAUGAAGGGAUCGGGGAAGUGAUGGAGAAGGAGGAUUGUAUCCAGGCUCUGAGUGGCCAGAUCUUCAUGGGAAUGGUCUCAUCUCAGUAUCAGGCCCGAUCAGAUGUUGUUCGUCUGAUUGAGGGACUCGUCAAUGCCUGCAUUCGUUUUGUUUACUUCUCCCUGGAAGAUGAGCUCAAGAGUAAGGUAUUUGCUGAGAAGAUGGGUCUUGAGACUGGUUGGAAUUGCCACAUAUCCUUAACACCCAAUGGAGAUGUUCCAGGGUCUGACAUCCCGCCUUCCAGCCCCAGUCAUGCAGGCUCCUUACGAGAUGACCUGAAUCAGGUCUCUCGAGAUGAUGCAGAAGGUCUUCUGCUGAUGGAGGAAGAAGGACACUCAGACCUGAUUAGCUUUCAGCCAACAGACAGCGACAUUCCCAGCUUUCUAGAGGAUUGUAAUAGGGCCAAACUUCCACGGGGAAUCCACCAGGUGAGGCCCCACUUACAAAACAUCGACAACGUGCCUUUGCUCGUUCCUCUGUUUACAGAUUGCACCCCAGAAACCAUGUGUGAGAUGAUCAAGAUCAUGCAGGAGUAUGGGGAGGUCACUUGCUGCCUGGGCAGCUCUGCCAACCUGCGGAACAACUGCCUUUUCCUCCAGAGUGACAUCAGCAUAGCCCUGGAUCCUCUUUAUCCUUCCCGAUGCUCUUGGGAGACAUUUGGUUAUGCCACCAGCACUAACAUGACCCGUAUCUCUGAUGAGCUCACACCUCUUCAGUUGUCUGGCCAGCUGAACAGUUUAUCCUGCUCCCUGUCUAUUUAUCCUGAAGAGACUAUUGGAAUCAUCAGGCUUAUAGAACAGGCUCGGCAUGCAACAUAUGGCAUUCGCAAGUGCUUCCUCUUCCUGCUACAGUGUCAGCUGACUCUGGUCAUCAUCCAGUUCCUCUCUUGCCUGGUGCAGCUGCCUCCCAUUCUCAGUACUACAGACAUCUUGUGGCUUUCCUGCUUCUGCUACCCAUUGCUAAGUGUUUCCCUCUUAGGCAAACCCCCCCAUAGCUCCAUCAUGUCUAUGGCCACUGGGAAAAAUUUGACCUCCAUUCCAAAAAAGACUCAGCACUACUUCCUGUUCUGCUUCCUGCUGAAGUUCAGCCUCACCAUCUGUUCCUGCCUGGCUUGCUUUGGAUACAUGCUGCAAGAUUACUGUGCAAACUUCAACUCCUCUGCCUUCGCUGUGAAUGCCACCGGCUGCUCUUCCAUCAUGCUACACAGUGGUGCAGAGACCCCUCCUGAUUGGUUUGGAUUAUUUUCCAACAUCCUUCUCCUGGCCCAGAAGUUUACAGCUGGAAUGAUUGUCUUGCACACUGUAUUUAUAUCGGUCACCCAUGUCCAUCGUACCAAACCAUUGUGGAAGAAAAGCCCCUUCACUAACUUCUGGUGGACCCUGACUGUGGUGAUUGUAUUGUUGGGUCAGGUCAUCCAGACCUUCUUGGACUUGAUGCUCUGGGUAAACCUCGAGUCUCCUGUGACCUACCAUAUGGAUGACAUUCCCAUGGCUUCCUGGCUGCUGGGUUUGCUCUCCAUUAUCCUUGUUGUCAUUAUAAAUGAAACAGUCAAACUCCAUGAGAUCAGGGUUCGAGUCCGUUACCAGAAGAGGCAGAAGUUGCAGUUUGAAACCAAGCUGGGCAUGAAUUCUCCAUUCUAAACCCCACCCCUGCAAGGCGCCCUAGGUGGCCUGAAGGCUGCAUGUCCUUUUCUCAAACAAUCGUAUCCCUUUGCUGGGAGAGAGAAACCAGCCUCGCAUGUGGAUCCCUGUGGCAGGAGUGGAUCAAGACAGAUCAGCCCCUGGGGAUGGCUCCAGCAGGAGUCCUGGCAAAGAUGCAAUGCCAUGGUGAUGGCAUUGGUGAUACACAUAUUGCUGUUGCUGCUACUUGGGUUAUUUAUUUUUGUACCUCUUUCCUUGGGAUUCAGCUGAUCAACCUGGUUGCAAGAGUGUGCUGUUAUGCAAAGAAUUCUUGUUGUAACAUUACUUUUCCACCCAGUCCUUCAUAACUUGACCACAUACACGCAUGCAUGCAUGCAUGCAUGCACACACUUUCUUCUUGCCAUGGUGACCUUCUUGUCAGUAUCCUCCCUUUACAUACAAUAUGCCUCUGGGUUCUAGGGGAGCACAGCACUGUUUCCAUGAGGAGGGAAUAAACGCAACCUUCCUUGGUUUUUGCCGCUGCAAAAGGCCUUUGGACCUUUAGGUUGCUGCUCCUGAAUUGAGGCCUGAUGACAUGGCCGUCUUGUGGCUGAUGAACAGGAUUGCAGCAUGCCAAGCAGGAGCGCUUGGAGAUUUGCUCACAGGAGUGCGCAAACAACUCUGUCAGCAGUUACUCUGGUUGAGUUUCUCUAGGAUGUAGCAUAUGUGAUGGGCCAGGCUCUUCAUCACUGUAGUGGGAUAAUUCUUUACGGAAAGGAGAAUAGCACUCAUGUGGUCCCAUCUCAGCUGGGCCACCAGGAGACUCUCCCUUUAUGCCCAAUAUUUAAAAACCAAACCAAACUGUGAUGUUGUCUCUUGAGUUCUCCCUUACCCUCCCUGCUCCCACUCCAACUGAUAGACCUUGUGAGUAAUCUGGGACUGGUAGAAGGUCCCUCACUGAUAUGCAUAUGAAAGGCAACCUGCCCAUGAUGUCUGUGUUCUGACAUUGAUUCAGUGUAUUCUUCAAUGUGAGCGUGCAUUUGCAAGCAACCAUGGCUUGAUUGGGGAAUAGCAUAUGGGGUUGCCCACCUCUCUUACUGCCUCAUGUCCCUAGGCUGGACUUUUAGCAGAAUCUGUCAGUUGCACCUUGGACCUCCCUUCUGUUUGGGACAAAAUCACUGCUUGAUCCCAUUUGGUGAAGUUGGAGGAUACAGUUCCCCUCCCUCCAUGCCACAGUUUGUUCCCUAAAUGCAGAGUCAGUUUGAAGGGGAACUCAUCCAAAACUGAGAGGGAAUCUACAUUUUCCUCAAUACCUCUUUAUUACCUGCCAGUUUUUUGGAGGUUCCUUUGGCAGGAAGGCAUGAAAACCACUACCUCUGCUGACCAUCCUCCUUUAUGUUGCUCACUUCUGCAGUUAUGCCAACAGCACCUACUUUAUAAGCAGGUUUUUUUUUUUUUUUUUGCCCUGAGAUGACAGAGCAUGUGCUGGACAGGCUAAAGUUGUUUUUGAUUAAGUAUUCUGGGAUGAAUUUCAAUAUUCAGGUGUUCCAGGUUGACCUACUGGCAUUUCUAAGGGUGUUGCCUGGUUUAGCCUUGCCCAACCCUUAUACUUUCUAGAUGUGUUGGACCUUGUCUCAUCACCACCACCUAGCAGGACCAGUCUAAUUCAUCUGGAGGACUCUAGGCUGGAGAAGACAGCCCAAGACAGCCAUGGUUAUCCUGGGCCAGGGUCUGAAAGGGGUUCAGACCCCGAGCCACCAUAGCCAAGUAGUUAAUAAACUUGCUAAAAACUCUCUUCUUUCAUAAGGGACUAGCGUCAAAUUAACUGACCAUGAUAGAUGAGCUCACCCUGGUUCUGAAUCAAGGCACAUGCCCCAAACGUUGGAAGCUCUACUUUACUCUUCCACAUUGGGGUAAAUGGCAUUUAUCUUUGCUAGAUAAUAAUCCCAAAUGUCAUUGGACUCCUUUCUAGCUGCUGGUGGUGAGGAAGGAGGUCUGGUCCCUGGCAGGGCUAGAGCAUGUUCCUUAAAGAUCUUUACAGAGUAGAUAGGUUGUGACCUAUGUUCCUUAGCCUCUCCCGAGUUUGGCUGGCAAUUUGGACAAUAGCCUGUUUUUAUAUUUUGAAAUAGGUUAUUGUCUAAAGAUAAUUAAAACUCACUCUUCUUCCCUUCUUUUUUGAACUCAGGUCCUCAUAAUGUAUUGCUAAAAUUUUGUUUUCUUUUCACUUCAUGUGAUACAUAUGCAUUGAUGGGCCUUGAAGACCAGUAUGCUCUGGGGAAUAUACUCUAGCCCACUUGUUGGUCAGUAAGCUACUGUCUUUCUCCCGUGCCAGAGUUGUUCUUGGCUUCAGGACUGGCCUGAGCUAGAGAUAUCUUGUUAGCACCCACUAGAUGUCUCAGGUCCCAUGGUAAGUCUGAAGCGUAUGGGAGGGGGGUAAUGCUAUAUUUGGAAGGUGGACUGAUCUGCUGGAAAACAGGCAGUUGUAAUUUUUGUAGCCACAUUUGAGCAAUUUUCCUUGCCUUUCCUAUUUCUAAAACAUUUGGGAGUUCUAGAUGCCUGAAUCCAUUUGCCACAAGAAUGUUCUUAGUAUUGUGACUCACAAAAGACUGAGUUCUGAACGUGAUGCCCUUCCUAGCACUUUCACACAUACCUCCACUCCUAAAUUGUACUCGAGAGUCAAAACAUGAGCAAAUGAGCCUUUUGAAAAGCUGUCUCUUGAAAGGUCUUGUGACUCCACCACCUAUCCUACUCGCCCACCCCUUUCCUUGGCCAGCCAGAGCUUCAGAAGAGUGUGGGCAUGGCUUUAGGAGUGAAUUCAGUCUAUCAAACUGUUUUUAAAUGGUGUAUAUUUUAUAUUUAAAACAUUUUGGGGAUGUAUGUAAAAAUAGAUUUGUAUUAUUAAAACUUGUAAAUUGUAUAAAAAGAAACAAAGAGCACCUAAUAUGAAUGGCAAUAAAUGUCUUUGAUACUU